UAUACCGCGCAAUGCAAUGCAGCGCAAAGCAAGCAGCAGCCUGAGCAGAAAGGUAAUGCAUGCAUAACAAUGGGAGAUCAGAACAACAACGAGCUUUACUUCGUGUUCAUGAACUUCGACGAACACUAUGAGCGCCUUCGUCACGAUCGAUCAAAGGAGGGAAUGGAGGAGCUUGACACCUAUUUGAGCAACAAGCAUGACCAGUUACUGGCAAAGCUUCUCCCUCCGAACUCCUAUAGGAAGAAGUCCUCUUUGGCCAUUGUUGAUGGCUUCUCGGUGGAGAUCACUAAGCAGCAGGCGGUCAUUCUUAGAUCUGCUAAGGAGGUGAGAGUGGUGGAGAAGAACCAAGAGAUUGCUUGAUUGAAGAGAGAUUAUUGCAAAAGGUGCAAGAACACUAAUAUUUAUUGCAGUAAUGUAUAAUAUUAUAUUAGUGUAUGUGAUAUCAACUCAUGACUUGACGUUGGAGGUUCAAAAGGUCGUGCAGAAAAGGUAAAAUCAUAUUGUAGAACUAGUAAUUAAAUAUGCGAUCAAGUCGUCUUUUUUAGAUAAAGGGGAGAUCGAAUGGGAAUGCAAGCUCGUUUGACCUCAAAACACAGGCAUUUAAAUACUAAUACACAAACUAAUAUAUCUCAUAAUAUAUGCAUGUGAUGGUCUAGUAGUGUUGACUGAUACCAGUCUUUCUUUCUAGUUGAAUGCCUUCUAAGUUCUGCAAUAUGCAUGGAAGAACUAA